UUGGUUUAUCCUGUGAAGCCCGGCCCCAGUCCCAGUCUCCUGAGUCACUACAGCACAGGCUGAGAUUGGUUCUGUGUGUGAAUGAGAAAGGACCUAACAAAAGCGAGUUACCUGUGAGCUGCAGAAGUUAUCAUGCUGCUGCAUAUGUUCCUUAUCCUACAUCUUCAGGUGCUUGUCGUGGCAUCUUCAUCCUCCUCUGAGGAAGAUGGGAGCAGCGAGAGGGAUGACGAACACAGUAAAGGUUCUUCUCAUCAGCACCACUGGGGUUACCAUGAUCAGGACGCAUGGUCAUCUGCAUUUGAACACUGCAGUGGAAAGUCACAGUCUCCAAUCGACAUAAACACUCAUAAGGUUUUCUAUGACUCCAGACUUCCUUCGAUUAAACUGGAGGGAUAUGAUCUCACCGGCUCACCCACUCUUAAACUCAUCAACAAUGGACACACGUUACAACUGAGCCUGCCGAGCAGCAUGCGUAUCAUGAGGGGAUUUGAUCAUGUUUAUGUCGCGGCCCAGCUUCACUUUCACUGGGGAACUACAGAAGUCCCUGGUUCAGAGCACACCAUAGAUAACGUACAUUACCCUGCCGAGAUCCACGUGGUUCAUUAUAACUCCAAAUAUGCAAAUCUCACUGAGGCUGCUAGUAAAGCUGAUGGAUUGGCAGUGUUAGGAGGAUUCAUAGGUAUUGGCCUGCAUGAAAAUGACAACUAUGAAAAGAUCUUGUCUGCUUUAUCAGACAUCAGCAUAGAGGAGUCAAACACUGAGAUUCCUGGUUUUAAUGUGCGCCAUCUUCUGCCAAACAGCCUGGAGAGGUUUUAUAGGUACAAUGGGUCCCUGACGACCCCUCCAUGUUUUCAGACGGUCAGCUGGACUCUGUUCAAUGACUCGAUUAGAGUUUCAAGAAGACAGCUAGCGGCAUUGGAGGACACGUUGAAAACCGAACACAACAAGCUUCUGUCCAAAAACUUCAGAGCACCACAACUUCUGCAUGGGAGAAAAGUGCUGGCAUCUUUCCACACAGUAUCCACUAUGGGAAAACCCAGAGAAGAUCCAGAGCCUGAAACACAAGACAACAACGUAGUGAAAACUAGUGGAGGCGAAUGGCACAUUCUGGCCAUUACGUUUGGCAUUCUCUUCGCCAUCACAUUUCUGGUGUUCUCCAUGUACACAUAUCGGCAGCAGAAGAAGUACUCAAAGUUUAAAAAAGACUCCAAGCAAAAUGUUAUUUAUAAACCAGCUGCAUUAGGAAAAGACAUAGAUCAAACCUCUGUUACUAUAACAUGAGCCACAAUAAUACUGAAACUUUUUGGUCUUGCUUGUUUGUUGAGGGAAGUGUCUUGAAAGUGAGAUUUUGGAAUGAAUUUCCCAAACAAAAUACGGUUUGCAAAUUAGCAGAAGCGAUUGUAUGUGAUUAAUCUUUAGGGUGUUUAAAAUUAUGUUGUAUAGUUGUGUGUUCUGGUAUGUUGUAUGUCACUAUGUGUCAGGAUAUUUUUAUAAACACUCUUAAAAUAAAGGUUCCAAAAGGGGUUUUCGCAGUGAUGCCAAAGAAGAACCAUUUUCGGUUCCCCAAAGAACCUGUCAGUGAUCAUUUCUUAACAAAAAAAAUUUUUCUUAGUGUGAAAAACAAUCUGAUCAGUAAUACAUAAAUAAAGAAAUAAAUUUGCCAUCCUCUGCACCUUGAGCCAAAUUUCAUUACAGUAUACAAUACUAUAGCAGUUUCUUGGUCUUCUGACAAAAGACUUUCUCUACCUUUCUUAGGCAGUCGUCUCUCAGUUCUGCACGUGAAACAGCUACAAAUAAAUUUGACAAUCACAAAUUUGAGGGUGUACAUGUGCUACAGUUUACUGGACACAGAAUAGUGAAAUUUCUCUCAUAUAAAAUACUGUUACUGUGUGCUGUAAUUAUUCUGUAUGCGUAAGCAGUAUAAAACCCUGUCGAUGAUUCUAGGAUACAAUUUCUAAAGCACAAUCACCUGUGCUCCUAUCCCGAGAUUCUGACUGGUUUGUCAUAAUUUCUGCUACUGAAUGUUUACUGAUGGAUAAAUGUGUGCUAUUUGAGUUUACAUAGUGACACUUGAGUUAAUUAUAGCCUACUAUGUAUUUUCUGAAUGAGAACAUGGUUAAACCACUGUAAAAUAAGGGCAUUUUUGUGUAGUUUUGCAGAAAUCAUUAAGAAAAUUGGGAUGUGUGUGAAAACAAGUGAAACGUGUUUAUAGUUUUGAGAAAUGUAUCUUUGUUUUGAGAAUUGAAUAAAUGGUUUGGGAAAUUGUGUCAAAUCAA